GGCAGCCUCUUCUUUUCGCUUUGCAUUUUGAAGGUUGUCUGUGCCAUAGCGUAGCUUUGCUUUUUCCUGUUAUCUUUUGGUUUUGGUCAAGUGAAGUCUAUACUUAUUUCCCCUGUGCAUUGAAUUCUUUAAAGGAAUAAUUUGCAUGUUUUGAUUGUUGUGCUGUCAUACGAAGGGAUGGCGGAAAAGACGCAGCGUUUAAAGGCUGCGUCUUGCAAGAACAGUCAAGCUCUCUUGGAGGAACGUCAUUUUUGCUUUCUAACGAGACCAUGACUAUCUCUCCGCUGUGUUAGCAUCUAAAUACAAAAACGUGUGUUAAAUUUUUUUUUUUUUAUUUGCAUUUAAUACUUUUUUAUUUAUUUAUUUUUUGUACCUUGGUUUUGCUGGUGAAUAAUGUGUGAAGUUAUGCAACACGUUGUUUGCUGCCAAGACUGUGUACUGCAUCGUUAAAUUUUUUCCAACUGAUGAAGCUUGUCCAACAUCUAUGCUCCGUGGCUCCUGUGUUGCCUUCUCUCAUCACGGUAUGGUUUCUCCUUCCUAAAAAGGGAGGUUGCUGAUGCGGAUUGAUUCAAUAGCAAGCGUAUACGUCAACUAAAGACAUGAGAAGAUUUGUCUACUGCAAAGUGGUCCUGGCCACAUCUUUGGUUUGGGUGCUUGUAGAUGUUUUUUUACUCCUGUACUUCAGUGAGUGUAACAAGUGUGACGACAAGAAAGACAGAUCACUGCUGCCUGCUUUGAGAGCUGUCAUAUCAAGAACACACGAGGGUCCCGGAGAGAUGGGAAAAGCUGUCAUUAUAUCAAAAGAUGACCAGGAAAAAAUGAAGGAGCUAUUUAAAAUCAACCAGUUCAACCUCAUGGCCAGUGAUAUGAUUGCCCUGAAUAGAAGUUUGCCAGAUGUGAGACUGGAAGGGUGCAAGACAAAGGUUUACCCUGAUGCCCUCCCAAAUACAAGCAUUGUCAUAGUCUUUCACAAUGAAGCCUGGAGUACUCUACUUCGAACAGUCCACAGUGUGAUAAAUAGGUCCCCAAGACAUUUACUUCUAGAGAUACUGCUAGUGGAUGAUGCAAGUGAAAGAGAUUUUCUAAUGAAAAAAUUAGAGAAAUAUGUUCGGAAUUUGGAAGUUCCGGUGAGAAUCCUCAGGAUGGAACAAAGGUCUGGACUAAUCCGUGCUAGGCUUCGAGGGGCGGCUGCUACUAAGGGCGAAGUCAUAACUUUCCUAGAUGCGCACUGUGAAUGCACUAGUGGGUGGCUAGAACCACUAAUGGCAAGAAUUAAAGAAGACAGAAGGAGAGUUGUUUGCCCUAUUAUUGAUGUAAUCAGCGAUGACACAUUUGAAUACAUGGCUGGAUCUGACAUGACUUACGGUGGCUUCAACUGGAAGCUGAAUUUUCGCUGGUAUCCUGUUCCACAGCGAGAGAUGGACAGAAGAAAAGGGGAUCGAACAUUACCUGUCAGGACCCCUACAAUGGCUGGUGGUUUAUUCUCAAUUCACAGAAAUUACUUUGAAGAAAUUGGAACUUAUGAUCCAGGAAUGGACAUUUGGGGUGGAGAAAACUUAGAAAUGUCUUUUAGGAUCUGGCAGUGUGGAGGGUCAUUGGAAAUUGUUACAUGUUCCCACGUUGGUCAUGUCUUUCGCAAAGCCACUCCUUACAGUUUUCCCGGAGGAACAGGUCAUGUCAUCAACAAGAACAACAGAAGGCUAGCUGAAGUCUGGAUGGAUGAAUUCAAAGAUUUCUUCUAUAUCAUAUCACCAGGUGUAGUCAAGGUGGAUUAUGGAGAUGUGUCGCAGCGGAAAGCCCUACGAGAAAGUCUCCAGUGUAAACCUUUUUCAUGGUAUCUGGAAACUGUUUAUCCUGACUCUCAGAUCCCAAGAAGAUAUUUCUCACUUGGUGAAAUCAGAAAUGUUGAAACCAACCAAUGCUUGGACAACAUGGGAAGAAAAGAAAAUGAAAAAGUAGGCAUAUUUAACUGCCACGGAAUGGGCGGAAAUCAGGUAUUUUCCUACACAGCUGACAAGGAAAUCCGAACAGAUGAUCUCUGUCUGGACGUUUCUAGGCUUAAUGGUCCUAUCGUCAUGCUGAAAUGCCAUCACAUGAGAGGAAAUCAGCUGUUCGAGUAUGAUGCACAGAGGCUGACGCUUCGACAUGUCAACAGUAACCAGUGUCUGGAUGAGCCAUCUGAGGAGGACAAAAUGGUGCCCACUUUGAGGGACUGCCGUGGCAGCCGAUCUCAAGAGUGGCUGCUGCGGAACAUGACCUUGAGUGCCUAAAGCCUGAAAAGACUUCUUUCAUUCUGACAGUAUCUACAGGGUUGCAUACUACUACAAUGUGUGUGGGUUUCAUUUUUUCGAUGAAAAAUGAAAAUGAAAAAUGAAAAAUAGUCAACCACCUUGACCUUCUUGGAAUCAAAGAAAGCAUUUGAGCGAUAUAGAGUAGCAGCAGUAAUCAAAUUAUUAUUAUUUUUUUCUCAAGACAUGCUUGUUCAUUCUGGCUCUAAAUCUGCAUCUGUUCACAGGAAAAAAAACCACAAUAGGUGCUGAGAAAUGUGGUACUGCGCACUGUAACAAAAAGCUCUUCUCUUAGACUUUAUUUUCCAGUAGCUUAGGUAAAGACAUUCAUUUCAGCUUGGGAGGACCACAAUACAAAAUGUAAUGCCUUAAAUAAAGUAACUUAAUAAUAAUAAUAAUUAAUGCAAGAAAUAUCUUUGACACUGACCUCAAAGAGAAUGUUCUUGCGAAACUAGUAUAUUUAUUUUAAGGGUACAGUACAAAACACUGUAUGUAGAUUAUGAUUUCAAUUGAUCUAAAAACUUAUUUAACUAAUUUACUGUUAUUUAUGACAAGUAUCUUGAGGUAAAAAAUAACUAAUAAUGAUAUAAUAGAAGCCUGCAUAUAUGUUGCAUACUGUAUGUUUUUAGAAAAGACCAAAAUAAUGGAGAAAUUGUUCAUUUGGAAAUGGAGUGUCAAUUAAUCACUGGGGGAGGGGGGGUUGAUUUAAAUAAAAAUACAGAGCAGGCAUUAUUUCCCUGUUCCAUGGUGACAUUCAUUUAAACUUUCUAGAAGUGCAAUAUAUAUACACUUAGUGUACAAAACAUUAGGAACACCUUCCUAAUAUUGAGUUGCACCCCCUUUUGCCCUCAGAACAGCCUCAAUUCGUCGGGGCAUGGACUCUACAAGGUGUUGAAAGCGUUCCACGGGGAUGCUGGCCAAUGUUGACUCCAAUGCUUCCUACAGUUGUGUCAGGUUGGCUGGUAGUGGAUCUCUACUCGGAAUAGCUCGUUCCAUCUCAUCCCACAGAUGCUCAAUUGGAUUGAGAUCUGGUGACUGGGCAGGCCACUGCAGUAAGCGAAAUUCACUGUCAUGUUCGUGGAACCAUUCCUGGACAAUCCUAGCCUUGUGGCAUGGGGCAUUAUCCUGCUGAAAAAAUCCAUUAGCAGAUGGAUACACUGCUGCCAUGAAGGGAUGCACCUGAUUGGCAAUGAUGUUCAGAUAUCCUGUGGCAUUCAAACGUUGCUCCACUUCUAUCAAGGGGCCCAAUGUGUGCCAUGAAAACACACCCCACACCAUCACACCACCACCACCAGCCUGCAAUGUUGACACUCGGCAUGAUGGAUGCAUGUACUCGUGUGGUUUUCUCCAUACCCUAGUCCUCCCAUCAGCAUGAAACAGCAGGAACCGGGAUUCAUCAGACCAGGCAAUGUUUUUCCAAUCCUCCAGUGUCCAGUGUUUUUGUUCCUUAGCCCACUGCAACCGCAGUUUCUUGUGUUUUGCUGAAAGAAGUGGGCUGAGUGGGUCGUCGGCUGCCAUACCCCAUUCGUGUCAAGGUACGACGAGUUGUGCAUUCUUUUAUGGGUCUUUCGGCACCAAUGUUGUACUGGACUGUCAGUUGACUAACUGUAGGCCGUCUGUUGCUCUGCACAAUUCGUGUCAGCCUUCUUUGGCCUCUUUCAUCAAUGAGCCGUUUUUGACCACUGGCAUGCCGUUGGCUGGAUGUCCUUUGGGUGGUGGACCAUCCUUGAUACACACGGGAAACUGUUGAGCAUGAAAAACCCAGCAGCGUUGCAGUUCUUGACACACUCAAACCGGCGUGCCUGGCACCUACUACCAUACCCAGUUCAAAGGCACUUAAAUCUUUUGUCUUGCCCAUUUACCCUCUGAAUGGCACACAUACAGUACACAAUCCAUGUCUCAAUUGUGUCAAGGCUUAAAAAUCCUUCUUUAACCUGUCUCCCCUUCAUCUACACUGAUUGAAGUGGAUUUAACAGGUUACAUCAAUAAGGGAUCAUAGCUUUCACCUGGAUUCACCUCGUCAGUCUAUUUCAUGGAAAGAGUGAGUGUUCCUAAUGUUUUGUACACUCAGUGUACAUAUCUGUUUUAAAUUAAGGGCUUAUCAGAUGCUACUUUUUUGCCAUUUUUCUUAACACAGUAGUGUGUAUAUGGCAGUUCUUCCUUUGUUCCUGAUGUUUGAUUGAUUACACUUAGAACAAGAAAAUGCAGUGAGUCGGUAUUAGGUUUCUCUGUAUUUGAUUGAAUCCCCAGAGCACUACCUAUAUGUUUUAGUGACAGAUAAAUACAUCAUCAAUUGCAUCACAAAAUUCUUAUCUUUUCUGUGAAGCUUUGUCAGCUUCUUUAUCAUUUGAAUGUUUAAUAGUAUGCAUAUCACUAGUUUACUUGUUUGAAUGAUUUUGUAUAAUUAGAUUUCAGGGACUAUACUUUUUACUGUUCCUUGUUUAGUUUCCAGGAAUCUGAGGAAGAUGCUUUACUUGCAAAAGUAAAUGUUGGUUUUGCUCAUGCCCUGGGCAAGUGCUGGCAAACGAUAACAUCAGUUUACUGAAAAUAAAACAAAACAAAACAAAAAAACUUCCAUUCUGUAUGUGUGCUGCAAUCCCCAGAACACAGAAGAAAUCAGUUGAGAAGCAUUGUAAUGCUUAUGUAUUUUAUUUGCUGUAAUAUAAUUUCAGAAAAUAUAAUUGAUUUGACUAAGUCCCUGGUUCUAGAAAGUAGUUUUGAAGUAAACUACUGAAUGUGAAUAUUUUCUGAAGCAGUGUUUAAAAAUUGAAUGUAUUGUAUUUCCACAGAACAGCAUACCUGUAACCAGAAGGCUGCUGUUUUAUUACAUUUAUAAAAUUAGUGUUGCUUUUUGUUAACAUUUAUAGUCUGACCUGCCGUAAAAUGUAAAACCUGUGCUGGUUUGUGCUUCUCAUAGGAGGGGCAUUUGUUGUCUGUUUUACUGCUUGUUUCUUUAUAUCUUGGUAUCCCCGAAUAUUUAAUUAUCUGCUCUUCAAAUAUAUGCAAAUUAUUGUAAUUAUCAAGACAGCCCUCAAGUGCAGCGGGUACUCUAAAUGUUAUACAUUUACAACCAUUAAAAUAUAUAUAUAUAUAUAUAUAUAUAUAUUACAAAUGGUACAUUUUUCUUAAAAAUAUUUCCCAACAUAAAACCAAUGUCACCUUACAAUAACUGAUUUUGAGUUUCAGUGUUUUAAAAUAAAAUAUCAAACAGAACGAAAUUUUAAUGUACCAUUUGUAAUUCAGUAAUAUGAGAGAAUUGGUCAGGGGUCUGAAUACUUUUGCAAGGCACUGUAUAUAUAUCUUUUAUAUAGCACCUUUCAUAGUGGACCACCAUCACAAAGCGCUUUACAGAGGUAGGCUGUGAACUGUGCAUUAUAUGCAGAGUCACUUACAAUAGAACAUUGAUUUAACAUCUCAUCUGCAGGAUGGAGCACAAGGAGGUUAAGUGACUUGCUCAGGGUCACACAGUGAGUCAGUCAGUGGCAGAGGUGGGAUUUGAGCCAGUGACCUUCUGCUUACAAGCCCUGGACCUUAACCACUGGACCACACUACCUCCUUUAACCGUAAGCCUUGUCUGGGAUUUUAUAUAGAGUACCUGCCCAGUGCCCAAUGAAAGUCUCUAGCUCAGCCCAGUACCACAAAAUAGCACCAGCAUUUGUUUGGUAGGCCAGGGUGUUUGUUGCCUGUAAUGCUGCAAAACAUGAAAUGUGGUGAGAUGCAUAGUUUAGCACCCUGAUAGUACAUGCCCCCAUUCAAACCCAUUUUAAUAUUUACUGGUUUCAUCCACAGUAAUUAAUACAUUUAACUAGUGUUUACUGAGCUGACUUUAAUAUCAAUUUUCUUAACAAAAAAAAUCAAUGCAUUGCAAAUAGAAGCCAUUAUUCAAACUCUGCAAUUAAUGUAUGCACAAAAGAAUAUAUUUUUAAAAUAAAUCUUAUCAGAAAAAGCAGUAUGCAAGCCCAGCAGCAAAAUGUUGUGAUUUAGCUGUACAAUGUUGACUUGCAUUGUACUUUUAAAUAUUAAUUACACUGUUCAUUUUUAAUGCCUGAUAAGAAUUUUGUUUUCUUAAUUUACAAAAAUAGUUCAGAAUAGUUUCUUCAGUAAAAAAAACACAAAAAACCCCCAAAAAACUGUCAUGUCUACAGUAUUAUGAGUAAUAUAACCAGUCAGUACAAUUGACUUUAAUACAGUUAAUUUCUGCAUGUAUUUUACCUUCAAGGUUUUUUGUUCUGUUGGAGUGUGAUACCAGUGAAAAGGGUUAUAAUGUUGGGUAUUUUAAAUGACCCUUCAUGCUGCUAUUCUUUGUAGUUUGAUUUAGUGUUUGUUUUCCCUUUUUUCUUUCAUCAUUUGGUUUUGAACUUUCGGUUUGCUUUCCAGCACUUGCAGGUGCAAAAGAACUGUGUCAGUGAACAGAAAACAAAAUACCAUUGUUGGUAAAAAGAAAAUAAAGCAGAGCGCCUGUGUGGCGUUUCAACCAAAA